GCCUCACCCCAGCUACUCAACCAGCUCUCCGGCCAGCUCCCCGAGCAGCAGCCAGACAUCAGAGACACCUCCACCACUUCUCUUCAUCAGGCCACAGCCUCAACAGCACCUGCCUCUGGGGAGCAGCCAAAGAAACCUGUGAUGUACGCCAUGGAGAUCAACGUGGAGAAGGACAGAAAGACAGGGGACACCAGGAUCCUGUCAGCGUCUGCAGUCAGCCCUGAUGAAGUGCCUGACUGCGGGGUCAAGGUUUUCGACGACGGCCGGAAUGUUGUCUACGAGGUCCGCUCGGGGGGGUCCUCUACCCUGGACAAUGGGGUUCACCGCUGGAGCUCCCAACAGGUGGAUGAGCUGAUGAAGCGGGUGGGCGACCAGCGGCUGUGCUCAGGAGGCAAGGCUAAGGUCACUGUCAACCCCGCCGACGCUGAUGACCCCAAAAUCUCCCCAGGUCCAUUGACCACUCCGCUGACCUCCUACCAACUACACCUACACUACCCCCCAGCGGUCCCUAGCUCUGCCACCACGGCCCACAAGAUGCCCCAGCCCCACGCCCCUAUCACCACCCCAGCCUCCACCCUGCCGGGAGGUGAUAUACGAGGUGAGGUGACGAAGGCUCCCCAGGCUACGGCAGAGAAGCCGAUCACGAUGAUCUUCAAUCAUAAUGUAGAUGACCAGGAUGAGACCAAGAGGCUGCUGGGAUUCAACGGCACGAUCAAGGCUGAGAUCGUCCUGAUUGAUGAGGACGAUGAGAAGUCGCUACGGGAGAAAACGGUGACAGACGGUUACUCCACCAUGGACGGCAACGCCGCCGACCUGGUGUCCGGCGCCCGGCCGCUCAGCGACACCACCGGAACUGUCGUCGGAGGAAGGACGAGAGCUCUGCCACGGCCACCAAGGAACUCCCUCCCCAGCAGGUAUAGAGAAGAAGAGCGCUGCCACUGCUGUACUAUCAUGUGA